CCCACGAUAACCUCGAUUUGGAAUUUGUUUUCGCAGGUCUGAACAAAUUUGUUAUUGUUUUAAUUUCCAUAAUUGAUCGCGAUAACUUAAACAUCUGAUUUCAACAAAGGUAAAACGUGAGGUCUUGAAUUCUAACAAAGUUGAUGAAACCUUAAAUGACUGAUAUUGCUGCUGAAUCUCCAUCUAAAGUUGGCAACUUUGUCAUCAGUUAUUCAACUGAUGUGCAGUAUAUAGAAGAUGUUGCUUGUGAAACAAUAAAGAACUACUUCAACAACAUAGACAAUAAUCAGUUGGCACAAUACUUUGUUGACCCUGACAAAGCAUUUAUUCCAAGAGCUUUUUCUAACAUAGAAACUCUUGAAAAAGAACCUGCAGAUCAGGAUCAUGUGAAAGCACUGUUUGAUAGAAGUACAAAAAAUCCAUUGAAUAUGGCAAAGAGAUCUGGAAAUGUACCUGGAUCCAGUUUUCAACCAGAUGUUAUAGUGUCCACCUCCCAUCACAGACCUGGUCCUGAUGGAAGUCCAGCCUUGGUGCCGCCCAGUGCACAGGGAUUUGGGGCGUCCAAUCUUAGUGAGACUGGCGAACUCUUCGCACCUGUGCGGACUCUCACCUUUUCUGAUAUCGAUCAGAGCUCGCAGAUUGAGGAUAGUUACGUUAACGAAAGUCGUCUUGUAUCCACGCCAGACAAAAAGGACAAAAACUCUGGUCACUACGAUUAUAGCAAUUUGCUAGACAGACCUUAUGAUCCUGUUGGGAGCUUGAGAAGAAAUAAUGGAAAUAUGAACGGACAACCAGAGGAUUCUAGCGACUCAGAAAAUGCAGAUGAAAGAUUUGGAAGCCAGUCUCCCGAAUUUCGUCAGCUUGAAGGUGAGGCAGAGAAUGAACCACUGACCAAUACUGGUCCUUUCAACCCGUCUAUGCAUGGAUUGAGUAAAGAGUUCAUGGACCAGUUUGUUGGCAAGACUUCUCAUCAGGGCUAUGGGGAUGUGUUUUCUCCUCUGGGCUCAAAUGUGUUUCAUGUAGCUGAAAGAAGAAUGCAGAGUGCAACACCUCCCUUACAUUCUCCUGCACCAAAUAGUCCUUACGCAAAGUACGCAAAAGGUUCACCCGGAAGUAAGUCACCAAGGUCCCCUAAAUAUCAGCAGUCCCCUAGAGGUCAAGGUCAGGGUAGAAGUGAUUACGAUGCAGAUGAAAUACAGUUUGUCAACUCACCUACUAGAAUUGUUCAUCCCUUUAACCGUGAAGUGAUUGGGCAUGGUGCAAACACUGCUAAGUCCUACAGUCAUGGGUAUCUUGGAAAUGCUAGUACGUUACACACAGCUAAGGGGAGAUCAUUCAGCCAUCAAGACGUCAACCAGGACUACUCAUUUCAGCCGAUAGAAAAGCAGCCCACUAGUUCUGCUCCUCGAAACAUUCCCAAAAACUUGAACGAGUACUUUGAUCACCAUGAUCGAGAGCAGGAAGCUAAAGCUGCAAUGUAUCUGAAUAAUUACCAAUUUGAAACAGCAUAUGAAGAUCAGUAUGGUGAUGACCUUGACAUUGAAAGUAGGCAAGGGGACGGGUCUGUGAGUGAUGGAGAUACCGGUGCAUCAAGAGGAACCUUCAACCAUGCAACCAAUCCUGGCAAUGCUCACGAUGGGAGUAUUUCCAUUGAGCCUGGCCAAAAGGGCGUACCAAGGACCCAGGUCUCUGUGAGGCUUCCACAGCCGACGUAUGAUACUCUCUCUGGGGACAUAUCAAAUGGGAAUCACUUUUUGUCUUAUCCUACAAGCCCGCCACCACCUCCUGAUGUUGCUCUGACAGUUCACGAAAUUAAUGAUAAUGAUGCUGACACACAUGAAAAUGGCGCAGCUGGAAACAAGGUCAUGGAUCUUUUACAAAAUCAGUCCUCUGUGGACAGUGGUGAGCAUUAUGAAAGGGAUUCAAAUCCAAAUACAGCUGAUGUUGAUUCAAGUAGUGCUCAUGUUACAUCCGUGAAAACAGCACUUCAUAUGAGCCAGAAGUCUAAGGAUACAGGCCAACCACAGAUGGGGCCUAUCAGUUCUAAUUCAUACUUGGAGUUUCCAACACAGCAACAUCAGUCUUUGGACAACUUUCAGGUGCCCAGUAAGUUGCCUGUCCCCCAGGCUAACAACAGCAGAUCACAGGGUGGCGUUGCUACUGUGGGAAUGAAGCCACAUGAUACUGUACCAAGUCAGGUUAAUUUGUCCCAACCCUUUGUGUCCACUGCUCCAACAAGCGGUGGCAUCAAUUCCCAGGCCGGGGUGUCGUCCAGACUGUUGCAGGAGACUGCCUCACACCGUAGUAAGACAACACAGAAGUAUGUGUCCACCCAGCCACAAGUUGUCCCCAAGACAUCAACAACUUCAGUGAAUGGGAGCAAACCAAACCAAGAAUUCAAAAAGCCUGUGGAUGUUUGUCCCAAGGCAGUAAUCAGCAGUGUACAUGUACCUUCACAAGGGGCAAAGAAAACAUUGGUCAAUGAAACUGCUAAUAAAUUCAAGGUGUCAGAUAGAGCAAAACCAAAGUCUACAUCUAUGGAAACGUUACCACAAAGACAGCAGAAAGGUUCAGUAAAUAAUGCAAACCAGUCAAAAGCAGUUGAACAUGGAGCAAAUGGGACUCAUUUUAGAAGUAGCACGUCAUCUUCAAAUCAGACUGAUAGAUCUAAAAAUCAAGGCCAGCCUAAAGCAACAGAUAAUUCAGCCGGUUACAACGACAGUUUGGAUGAAAAUGUCGAGGCAAGUAGACUGGUUACCCAGGUACAGAAAACCAGUCCAGUCCAUGUACAGGAACAGCAAGAGAGACGGAACCAGUCUAGGGCACCAGGGGACAGCACCCUGGACCUGGCAGGCAUGGAGGAGGUGAGGCAUCAGCUCCAGUCAAUGAUGAGACUCUCCCAGGCUCACAUGUCACCUCAAGAACGCAGCCAAUAUGAGCAUUCUGAUAUACUGGCAGGCUUUGGUGUGGACUUUGGGGACCAGGCUAGAAAUAUGGAUAUGUCUUGGGCACCAAUGAGAAAGCCUGAUGAGGAGAUCCAGGAGACGUUUCCCAGCUUCAGCUCGCAAUACUUCACAGACAGCGGGAACCAUUCACGGUCUGAUUCCUCAGUGCAUGCUGAGAACCAGAGACUGAGAGACAUGCUUGAGAAGGAGAGAUACAGGCGACGGCACUGUGAGCAGUAUAUUCAGCAGCUUAAUGUUAAGUUACUGGAGACCCAGCAGCAGGUGGCGGUCGCUGUGUCGACAGACAAGCGCAAGGACAUCAUGAUAGAACAGCUUGACAAGCAAUUAGCGCGGGUUAUGGAAGGUUGGAAGAAGAGAGAUCAGGAAAAGGAAGAAAUGAUGGAAGAGUUGAGGAAGGAAAAAGAGGAAAUAGAAGAUAAGAUGAUGCAGCAGAAACAGAUGAUAAACAACUUUGAGCAUGAUAUGUCUGAAGCAGUGGAUGCUUUACGCAAGGAGAAGGAAAAGGCUGCACAUGAAAUAGAAGAGCUCAAAGCUAAGCUGCAAGAUGAAGGCCGUAGAUACCAGCACACAGGGGACCUACUGGAAGGGGAACGGGAGAAGGUGGGGCUGCUACAGCAAGAGUGUGAGAGUCUGAGGGAGGGCAGGGAGACCCUCGACAAGAAACUGGACAACAUGCAGAGACGCCUUCACAGGGAGCAGGACGAGUGGUUUCAGAGGGAGCAGGAGUUACUACAGAGGAUUGAGGAGGUCUCAGAUAAAAACACGAAGAUACUACAGUCAGAAAGGGCCAAGAAUGAAGAGCAGGUAAAGUUGGCAGAGGAGAUCAUGGACCAGUAUCAGGAGACCACUAACAGGCUGAAAAAGAUGGAGUUGGAACUGGAUGCUGCACUCAGGGAGAAGGAGAGUGUGAAGGUAGAGAUGAGCAUCAUGGAGGCCAAGUUUGAGAAUGCCCAGCGAGUCCUGGAGGCAGACCUGCACUCCACCAUGGAGAAACAGAUCGCUGAGCAGAUAGCUGAUGUACAAGCACGUCACGAGGUAGUUUUAGACGAGACUCGAGAAAAACAUCGGCAGCAGAUCCUGGACCUUAGUAGGCGCAAUGGGACAGAAAUGGAGAGGCAGCUAGCGGUAUUCAAGGAGGAGGUUGCCAGGAAGGAGGAUGAGUUUAGAAAGCAGUUUCAGGAAAUGGAAACUAGGUUGAUGGAAUACAGAAAUGAAAAUUCAGAACUUAAGCGGUCGAAACAGAGGUUAGAAUCUACCAGACUGGAGAUUUUGACCAAACUUCAGUAUGCGAUGCAGAGCCAGUGGAAUGAGGCUCUAUCUCUACUGUCAGCUACACCUCAGAGGAGGACCACACAGAGCCGUACAGAUGAUGCAGAUGACACAAAUUCAUCUAUUUUGACCACCUCUACAAGCAUCCCAGCUGUGAACUUCUCCCUUCUCACUCCUAGACCACAGCCAGCCAAUCAGGCAUUAGAAUCUCACCAUUCAACCAAUCAAAAGGAGCCACACACUCCCCCAAGGCAGCAGCAUACCAAUCAAAGCCAUGCACACAGUCUGACCAAUCAGAUGUCUCCUACCAUGUCAUCAGCCAUUCACCUCAGUCCUGUGCUGGGGAAAUCAACCAAUCAGGACCAUGGUUCCAUACUGAGUCCUGGCAGGGAAAGUUAUGUUUCCCACUCAACAGAGAAGGAUAGGGAUGAUGCAAACAUCGAAACGGCUGCACUGUCACAUUUGAAACAAUUUCAAGAUUAUCUAAACAGUUUCACAAAGACCCCUGAGUGGAUAUCUAGCAUCAACAGUCAAGCUGAGAUGCAUGGUGGGGGCUCUGUCACUAGCACCCCUAGAUUGCCAUCACCACCCGAGAUAGCUGCACUGCUGUCCACUCAUCUGCAUAAUAUACAGCAUAUGGCACACCACCCAGCAGUCCAAAGCCAAUCAGGCCAGGCCUUUCAUCCAGUGAAGUCUUCAGUAGCCAAUCAAAUGCAAGGUGCAAGACUCUUCAACCAACCAUCACACUCAUUACGAUCAGCCUCCCAACCAAACUCUCUAUUAACCAAUCAGAGAGAGCUUGACCUUUCUCAGCAACAUUCUAGUCUUCCUGCUAGUCUCAACUUCCAGCCAAUCUCAUCCACCAGAUUUCCUGUCAAUCAGACAGAAACUCCACCCCCAAGGAUGAAACCAUCCAAUCAGAUUGAACUUUCUCAUUCAAAUUUGAAUCAAACUGACAUCACUGUGUACAGCGACUUAGUCAAUCAGACUGCAGCUUCAAUGCCUGGGAUGUUGUGGGAUGGAUCUAACAGAGCAGUGCCAAUACGUCCACCUCAGCAGUGUGACGACGCUUAUGCAAAUGAGGAUAAUCAGUCCAUCAUUUCAGGGGUUUCAGUGGGUGUGGCCAGAGGCUACUUCCAGGGCGGUCAGAGUUUCUCCCCGCCCACCAGGCAACACAGAGACAGUGAGAACAAUUCAGUGGACGACCUGACCCAUCAGUCAUACAGACUCAAUGAGGACUACAGUGAUCUGUCCGAGCGAGUCCAGAGGCACGAGUCUCACCAGAAUGAGCUCCAACAUUACAUACAGCUGUUGCUGAACCGUUCUCCAAAUGAAGCAAACACUUCGCAGCAUACCGACUCUGUGUUGUCCCAGGACAAUGAGGACUUAGAUUUGAAUGACACCGCCCAGGCAGCCCAGCUUCAGAGGGAACUGGACCGUAUCCAGGAGUUACGAACCAAGCAGGAGGUCAAACAGGGGUCAGCGGUCAAAGAUGCCCAAACCAGCAAAAUACUGAGCCCAGACCAGAUUGAAGAGGUUACUAAGUUACUCAACCAGGUCAAAGGUCAAGGUCAACUACCUGACACUUCAUUGCCCAGCAACCCCCAGGUGGCUGAGCUGAUAAAACUGUUGUCUCAGGCCCAGCUUGGUAACCAGUCUGUUGCUAGGAAACCUGGGAGACAGCAUGGUAACCAUGGAAACCAUCAUAGGGCCAUUGGGGUGCGCAGAAAUGUGCACUUUAACCCUAGCAAGGGGGCUGAGGGAGGAAAGCAGGAAUCCAAAAAGCCUGACAAGUCCCAGCAGCUGACCCCCAGCGGUGACCCCAAGGUCGCUCAGUUGGCCCCUGCCAAGAAGGUGGAGAGGAAGCUGGCAGGGGCCGUUGUCAAGGGAGAAAAGCCACAGCCUGGGUCAGCCACCAAGGGAGAUAAGUCUCAGAAACCUGCAGCAUGGAAAUAAGAGGGUCAUCAUACUGGGCCUCUAACCAAGGCCCAUAAUUUUAACCUAUAAUUGAGUGGAUUUAUUCCAAUAAAUGUACCUUGUAAAUGCAGGUUUGCAAGCGCCAACUCCUAUCUCUUGACGGAUUUGCAGACCUAACAUGUGGUUGCAUUUUGGGCCAGGUUGAGUGAAGGUCAAGGGCACUGAUGCUAAAUUUAUAUACAAAGUUUUCAUUGAAUAACUUCAGUUAGGAUGGAGAUAAUGUGAGGAAAUGUGCAGGUAGUUUACUGAGGAUAUAGCAAGGGAUUGUAAUUAAAGGGCCAGUGAUGUCAAGGUCACAAUUGCUAAAGAUGGAAAAGAUUCCACUCAAAAAUUAAGUUCGGAUUAAGGUUAAUUAAUUUGGGUUGUAAGUAUUUUUCUGAAAUUUUGCAUGUAGGUAGUUUACGUGCAUACAUAUGUUGGCAUGGCAUGUGGGGUUUGUCAGAUGUUUGUCUCAGUAAUUAAAAAAUAGGAAAAUGAAUUUGGCUCAAUAACAAGAUGGGAUGGAGGUAGUGUGCUGUAAUUUUAUUUGCAAGUAGCUUUCAUGCAGACCUAUGGUGGGACUGCUUUUGUGCCAAGUUGGUCAAAGUAACUGAUGCUAAAAAUAGAAAAACUGUUUCAGCUCGAUAACUUAAGACGUUUUGAUGAAGGUAUUGUGCUGUAAUUUUAUGAAGACCUUGCUCGCUCAGUUAAGUAAAAUAAACUUUAUUUAUUGGAAAAAUGUUAAAGAUGUGACUUCUUUGCAUGGUCACUUCUUGUAAGGGAAGUGAUUAUGAGGUGGGUUGUGGUAUUAAAUCGGUUGUGAAAGGGAGACAUAUUGAAAAUUAUUAUAUAAAUGUCUUUGAAAGACAUUGUCUUUAAAAGAAAAUUUUGUAAAAUUUGUUUAACAUAAGAGUAUUUGUGUUGUAAUAUAUUUUGUGUUCGGUAUUUGUGUUGUAAUAUAUUUUGUGUUCGGUAUUUGUGUAAAGAAAUACUAUGUACACUAUUAACAUUGCAUAUUCAUGUAUUGGACACUUUAAUGGUGUCUUUAAAUAAACAAAUGCAUUAAGAUGUGGAUAAUGUCUUACUAUGUUUAUGUAAAUUAUCUUCUUGCCAUAAUAUUGUAGUGCAUUCAAUUAACAAAUUUAACAAAUUGUAUACACAUGAAGAUAUGUUUUAUUCUUGUGAUUUUUAUGCCCCCGGAUCGAAAGAUCGGGGGUAUAUUGUUUUUGGCCUGUCUGUCUGUCAUUGUGUCAGUCAUUGUGUCAUUGUAUGUGUGUGUCCCAAAACUUUAACCAAAACUUUAACCUUCGUUAAAGUUUGGUCAUAACAUUUUGAAUAUUAAAGAUAGCAACUUCAUAUUUGGCAUGCAUGUGUAUCUCAUAGAGCUGCACAUUUUAAGUGGUGAAAGGUCAAGGUCAUCGUUCAAGGUCAAAUGUCAAAUUUAUGGCUUCAAAGCGGCGCAAUAGGGGGCAUUGUGUUUCUGACAAACACAUCUCUUGUUUGUGCUAGAUCUGAAGUGAGUAAGAAAUCUUAAAUAAGAGUUUUAUGUCAAUUACUUCCCCUGAAUAGUAAGUUGAAACAGAUUGUGCACAUUUACCGGUAUCUCUAAUUUCUCUGCAAUUUAUAAAGUUAUUGGAUUGAGUUUUAUGAUAAUGCUUUUCAAAACUUAUCUUUAUUUAAGGAUAUUAUUGCUAUUUGCUAAAACGAACAUUAAUAUGAGAUAGUAAACGAGUAAUCUCUAUACACAAUGAAAAUCAACAAUAAAAACUGAGGAUUCCAAGGGCAUCCAUGAGAAAGUGUUAAUUUGGGAAUGUCCUAUGCAAAUGUAUUUUUGAGUCUGGAUUUUUAAGUGUGACUAUAAGAUUUUGUCAAAUGUGUAUGAAUUUAUAUUAAAUGUGUAAAAACUUAUUAUAGAUAUAUUUCAAUAUAAAUUAAAAUAAAAGUUAAGAAGAAAAUGUGUCAAAAAAUGCGAAAUAAGCCAGAUAUUUAAUUCUAAAAUAAUGUUUGUACAGUCAAAUUCCCAGCAUGUAUAUCAUGCAUGUACGAUGUGAACCUAAAUUUAGUUUAACGGUUCAUUUUACAUUCCUGCAAGGAUAUCUAUUCAUACGACACACACACACUAACUCAAAAGACGAAUGCUUCGGUUAUUGUCGGAAAAUAUAUACGAAAUAUCUUCGUCACAAUCGGCUUGGGCGCUAAUUUGUAUUUACUGCAUUUUAUGAAAUUCGUCUUAAAUGUAUCAUUUUUUCUUGCCUAUUUUGUGUUAUUGUAACAUAUUUUAUCAAUAUAUUACAAUUUAACACAUAUAAAAAUCUUACAGUCUUGCUUUAAAAAAAUUGCCAAGUUAACAAAAAAGACAUAGAUUCUACUGGUGUGUGUGUCAACUUGCUUGAUUUGUCUUUUCAGCAAUACACUAUUUCACCCAGCUGUUAAAGAGAAGUUUAUUUUCCUCUCUUUGUACUUUAUAAGGGUAUGUUUUAUGUUAGGGAAGUCAGGUUAUACUUAGUCUUGAACUGUAAUAAUCAAUAAAAAGAUCUACUUGUAAAUUAUUUUAUUAUUAAUUUAAUUGACCCAUCGUACGUAUCGAGUGUUUAUUUAAUACUUGCCUGUGGUUUGUAGAGAAAAUAUGUGAUUUAAAAAUUAUCAGUCAGUUUUCCAAACAGUUAAAAGUAACUGUGAAAGCUGUCUAAACAUUUUACUAUGUGACUGUGAAAUUACAACGUUUUUAACCUCAUGAUGUUAUUAUUCCGGUGAAAAUCUAAAGUUAACCCUCUUUAAAAUGGUGGAAAAUCAUUUUUUUUCACAAUAACAAUUUUUGUUUUUCUUUAUUAUCAAUUUCUACCCAUUCAUGAUCAUAGAAAAAAAUUGGUUGAUAAAUGACCAAAAAAAUCACACUUAUAAAAAAGUAUGAAAAAUCUGCCCGAAAUGUUUGUAAGUCCCCUACUGGUGAAACCGGAGGGGACUUAUUGUUUGCGCUUUGUGUGUCUGUGAGUCUGUUAGUCUGUCACACUUGUCUGGAUUCUGCGAUAACUUUAAAAGUUCUUCAUAUUUUUACAUGAAACUUUAAACAUGGACAGAUGGCAAUAUGGAGAUUAUGCACGUCAUUUCAUUUUGUUCCUACGUCAAGAAUUCUGGUUGCUAUGGCAACAAAUAGACUAGAAAUAGCGCUGAAAAUGGUGGAUCCUGCGAUAACUUUCAAAGUUCUUUUUUUUCAUGAAACUUGAAACAUUGACAGAUGACAAUAUGGAGAGGUAAGGGACUUUUAUUGCUUGGCAAUAGUCUUGUUAACAAUAUUUUUUUGUUAUAAAAAAUUGUUUAGCAAUCAUUGUUUAUAUUGUGUGUGCACUUUCCUGUGAUAGUAUUGAUUUAAUUAUAUGCAUCUAUGUAGUUAUUUAUUGAGAUUUUUAUGCCCCCUUCGAAGAAGAGGGGGUAUAUUGCUUUGCACAUGUCGGUCGGUCCGUCCACCAGGUGGUUUCCGGAUGAUAACUCAAGAACGCUUGGACCUAGGAUCAUUAAACUUCAUAGGUACAUUAAUCAUGACUCGCAGAUGACCCCUAUUGAUUUUGAGGGCACUAGGUCAAAGGUCAAGUUCACGGUGACCCAAAAUAGUAAAAUGGUUUCCGGAUGAUAACUCAAGAAGGCUUAGGCCUAUAAUCAUGAAACUUCAUAGGUAGAUUGAUCAUGACUGGCAGAUGACCCCUGUUGAUUUUCAGGUCACUAAGUCAAAGGUCAAGGUCACGGUGACCCGAAAUAGUAAAAUGGUUUCCGGAUGAUAACUCAAGAACACCUAUGCCUAGGAUCAUGAAACUUCAUAGGUACAUUGAUCAUGACUUGCAGAUGACCCCUAAUGAUUUUCAGGUCACUAGGUCAAAGGUCAAGGUUACGGUGACCCAAAAUAGUAAAAUUGUUUCUGGAUGAUAACUCAAGAACACUUAUGCCUAGGAUCAUGAAACUUGAUAGGUAAUUUGAUCAUGACUCGCAGAUGACCCCUAUUGAUUUUGAGGUCACUUGGUCAAAGGUCAAGGUCAUGGUGACCCGAAAUAGUAAAAUGGUUUCCGGAUGAUAACUCAAGAACACUUAUGCCUAGGAUCAUGAAACUUGAUAGGUACAUUGAUCAUGACUCGUAGAUGACCCCUAUCGAUUUUGAGGUCACUAGGUCAAAGGUCAAGUUCACGGUGACCCGAAAUAGUAAAAUGGUUUCCGGAUGAUAACUGAAGAACGCUUAUUCCUAGGAUCAUGAAACUUGAUAGGUAGAUUGAUCAUGACUCGCAGUUGACCCCUAUUGAUUUUCAGGUCACUAGGUCAAAGGUCAAGGUCACGGUGACCCGAAAUAGUAAAAUGGUUUCCGGAUGAUAAUUCAAGAAUGCUUAUGGCUAGGAUCAUGAAACGUCAUAGGUACAUUGAUCAUGACUGGCAGAUGACCCCUAUUGAUUUUCAGGUCACUAGGUCAAAGGUCAAGGUCAAAGUGACAAAAACAUAUUCACACAAUGGCUAUCUAUACAACGGAGAGCCCAUAUGGGGGGGCAUGCAUGUUUUACAAACAGCCCUUGUUAAAUUAGUUUUCAAUCUGUUUUAGACUUACUUUUUUCAUUUCCUUAUGUGCUGAAUAACAAUUUGAUUUAUAAAAUUCCGGAAAAUAA